GAGAAAUGGCCCAAACAGAUUCAUGGAGACCAGAAGCAAAACACUACAGGGAAAUCAGCUGUGGCGUCACGUGACGGCGGACCAAUGGGAGGAGAGGAGCCCCGUCUGGACGCCAGGUGGCGCCAGAGAGACUCGGAUCACAACGCGCUUCAUGUGAAGAACACUCCGGGACGAAACUCCAUGGACUACAACAGGAAUGGUUUGGAGCAAUGUCGAAGAAACUAAACAGAGGCCAUGAGGCACCAGCCACCAAACCGACCCCUAAGAAACGGGAACGAGACGCGCCCGCCGGAGAGGGUGAAGGUAACCCGGCUGGUGGUGUUAGCGCUCGGAGGAACAGCGGGUCUGGUGGUCGUGAGAGCAGCAGGAGCACCAGUUCAUGGGGCAGCAGCGGGAACGUGGGAACCACCACACACACUGCCCCCAUCGCUUCCAGCAGCGGUACCGGCAGCUCCAAGCCCAGUAGCGCUCUGAGCGGCCGGGGCCGGAGAGCCGAGGGCCGAGGGGCCAACCCGGCGGGGUGCAGCAGCCGCAGCGCCCCGUCCCUCCCGCCGCCUUCCGCAGGUCCGCUCAGGAGCUACCGCUCGCUGAGCCGGCUGGACCAGGGAGCCGCCAGGGACGAACCCCCGUCUGCACGCGUCAUGCCCAACUCCCGAGUCAGACGUGGACCCCCGUCCUCGGCCCCCGGGGCUCAGGUGGGCAGCGUCUCCCGCAGCGAGGCCGAUCAGCUGGGAGGGAUGGACUCCUGUCCUCCGUCCAGUGAUGUUCGUCAGCCGCACCAUCAUAACCAAACAAGGGCUGAAGCAGCCGACCGCAAGAAAGGAUGGAUGAUGCGCCAGGACUCAAAGGGACAGUGGCAGAGACACUGGUUUGUGCUGGACCACCAGACCCUCAGCUUCUACCGGGACCCCGCGGCUGAAGAGGCGUUGGAGGCGGACGGGGAGAUGGACCUGUCUACCUGCUAUGACAUCACAGAGUACCCCGCUCACAAGAACUACGGCUUCCAGGUCCAUACCAGAGAUGGAGUUCACACGCUGUGCGCUCUGACCUUCGGGACCAGGCAGAACUGGGUCCAGGCGGUGCUGACCAACACGAGGCCUGACCUUAACCGAGAGGUCAAGGGCGUUUCUACAAAGUCCUCGGGGCAAGACGGCGGCAGACGGGCCCGGCGCGCGUCAUGUGACCCCCCUGAGGCCCGCCGCCGGUCAUGUGACCCCUCUGAGGCCACGUCCCAGCAGCCUCAGGAGGAGGCGCAGGAGCAGGCGGCGGAGGCUGCAGACGGGGCCGCCCUGCUGUCGGAGUCUCCCUCCCCCGCCGUCUCCUCCUCCUCCUCCUCCCCGGUCCCCAGUGGGCUGCCCUACCUGGAGGAAGAGGAGGAGCCAGAGGAGGAGCCAGAGGAGGAGGAGGAGGAGCCAGAGGAGGAGGAGGAGCCAGAGGAGGAGCCAGAGGAAGAGGAGGAGCCGCAGGAAGAGCCGGCCGUGUGUCACCGGCGGCCGCCCGUCGCCACAGCCUCUGAUCCAGGGGCAGCGGAUCCCUGCGGUGGUGUGGGGAGGCCUCCGGGGUCAGAAGGGGACGGAAACACUGAGGGGGGAGAGGCCGAGGGGGGGGAGGCCGAGGGGGGGGAGGUGGGGCAGGGAGGGCCGCGGGUGGAGCCCUCGGCCCCCGUCAGCUACGCCCGUGGCACCCCACAAGAGAAGGAGAAACCGACGACUGAGACGAAAACUGGACAGCUUCUGGAAGAGCUGGACCAAACCCAGCGGGAGCUGACCCGUCUGCAGCAGCUGAACAAGAACCUGCAGGAUCAGCUGGAGCGAGAGAGGCAGUACCUCCUAGCAGGGGAGGUUCAGAACGGAGCUUCAAGUUCACCGUCGCAAGCGACUGCUUUCCACCGGCUGCAGAGGAUUAACCACGACCUCGGCCACGAGCUGGCGGAUCACAGGCCACACCAAGAGGAGGGCAAAGAGGCGGAGCUCCGCAGGAGGGUGGAGCUGUGGGCGCAGCAGUCCCAGCUGCAGCUCACCGGCGCCGCCGCCGCUCCCGCGUGCGUCCAGCUGGGGAAGGACCGCCGGCCCUCUCAGGACCGACAGCACCCUCAGGAACAGCAGCACCCUCAAGACCGCAGAGAAGAGUGGGAGCGUCAGAUCACAUCUCUGCAGUCCCAGCUGCAGCAGAGUGAAGACCAGAGGAGGGAGGCGGAGAGGUCCCUGCUGAAGCUGCAGCAGGAGGCGCAGCAGCAGGCGCAGCAGGAGGCGCAGCAGGAGGCGCAGCAGCAGGCGCAGCAGCAGGCGCAGCAGGAGGCGCAGCAGCAGGCGCAGCAGCAGGCGCAGCAGGAGGCGCAGCAGCAGGCGCAGCAGGAGGCGCAGGGCCACCAGGCCGUCCAGGCGGAGGCCGACCUCCUGAGGGAGCGGCUCCGCGAGGCGACGCUUCGCCUGCGCUCCAACGAGGAGGCACAGGCCCAGAAGGAGGUCCGCCUGCAGAAGCACCUGGUGCUCCUGCAGGAGAGUCAGGACCGGGAGCGCAGGAGGCUGGCCUCGGGCCUGGACCAGGCAGAGCGCCUCUCCCUGGACCUCCAGGAGAAGCUGGCCAGAGCAGAGCAGCAGGUGCAGAGUCUGAGUAAAGGCCCCUCCUGGACCAGGGACAUCCAAGAGGCUCAGCAGCAGCUCCAGGAGGAGCUGGCGUGCACGGUGGCUGCCGUACAGACACUACAGGACGAAAGAGAGCAGCUCAGAUGCCACUGCCAAGAGCUGGAGAACCAGCUGGGGGAGGUGGACGCAGAGGUGGACAGGUUGCAGAAGCGCCUGAAGACAGAGGAGACGGACUACUACAACCUAGAGCACUCAUUUGAGCGGGUGAGCGAGGACCUGCAGCUGGCCCAAGGGAAGGUGGAGGAGCGGGAGGGAGAGCUGCAGGAGAUACGAGAAGGUUACGAGAGGCUUCUGGACCGCAAGGAGCAGGAACUCAGUGAGGUCUUAUUGAAGAUGGAGGUUCUGGGGAACAGUCUGGAAGAGACCGAAGUUAAACUCAGCGAGGUGCUGAAGGUAAGCUCAUGUGCUUCUCCUGAGCAGGACCAGUCUGUGAUAUCGGUGAAGUAUGACCAAAGGCAGAAGGACGAAGCCCCUCUCGAUAUGAGCAACGGCCUUCCUAAGGUUCGGUCCAACAGCCUGACGUCCACCGGUCUAACCGGCAUAGAGGUCAACCAGCAGAACAUCGAUCCACCCGAUGAAGAACACGCCAGAAGCCGGUCUCGUUCGAUCGACCCCUCGUUCCAGUACUUUGUCACAAACGAAGAGGACCAGGACAGGUUCAUGGCUGUGAUCCAGGUCCUUGAGACCAAGCUCUAUGUCACGGAGGAGAAGCUCAGGAACAUUACCCAAAGACUGGAGGACCACCAGAGUCACAUGACGUGCCAGGACCCUCACCUCUGCUCUCAGCUCACUCAGAGCAAAGCCACCGCGCAGCACCUGAGCCUGCUGCUCCACAAACAGGCCAAGCAGAACCAGCGCUUCGCCCAGCAGACGGAGCGCCGCUCGAGGCUACUGGUCCACACGUUCAGGGCUGCGCUGGCGGCGGUGGAGGCAGCGAGGCAGACACUGUUCGCUCUGCAUCACAAUCUCAAAGACGGCCACAACAGAAUCGACGCCACAGAGCUGGAGAAACAACUCGCCACCGUAGUGGCCUGCCUCCAGCAGGGAGAGCAGAACGCAGAAGAACAACAGCAGGAGUCGUACUACUCCAUCAGAGAGGAGAGUAGGAUCAACAGGAAUGAGAUAUCAACGGGGGAUGAGAUGGUCAUCCUCAGUGACACUGCUUCAGACGUCCUGGAAGGGAGCGCUGGCAGACUGUUGGUGAACGAGGCACUACUGGUAGAAAAGAUGAUUCUUGCCCUGCAGAAGAGAGAAGGCAUUGCCCUCUUACAACUGGAGCCAAGUACCCAUGUUGGAGAUGUUGUGCAAAGAUUAAAAUGCUUGACAUCUCAGAGAAUAGAUUUAAAGAAGGAACUAAACAGCAGCGAGUCUCUGAACUGUGCCAUUGGCAGAGUGUGUGCUGAGGCAGAGGUUAUAUACACAGCUUUUAAAUUGCAGGGGCAAUAUGGAACUUGCUGGCAAGCCCAGGAAAAGUGUCCUGAUCCGACCUUAAUAACUAAAACAAGCGUGGCAGAUGUUUGGCCGCCAGAGUUUGCUGCUCACGAAGAGCAAGGAGAUCCAGAAGACGGAGGCAGAGAAGAGGCUAGCGAGUCCUUCAACAAGGACAAAGAACAACAAGUGGAAGCUAGACUCGUAUCCCAGCUCCAAAGAAGGGCUCAAACCUUACGGGAACUCUGCAAAGAGCUCCGCGAUAUCGAAGCAGGCAGUGAGAGCAGUGUCGACCAAAACGUGGACACUCCUUCCACUGCAGACUCUAAAUGGGUACGGGAACAGGCCAUCUUGAUCUACCUUUAUGAGAGACUCUACUUGGAUUUCAAUCUAGAAACGCUGCAACGCAAGGAGGAGCACGACCGACAGCGAGCACUGAGCCAAGAGCAGGAAGCGGUUCUUCUUGAGGAGCAGAAACAAUGCAGCCGGGACCUGGAGCAGCUCCGACAGGAGAAGACUGUCCUCGGAACACAGCUGGAGGAACUCGAACAGAAGAGAACGGUCGCAGAGGCCGGCAACCACCAGCUUCUGGAGAACAUCCAGACCAUCGAGAACGACCACAAGGAAAGGAUCAUCAAACUGGAGAAGCAGUUCCAAGAAAAGAUCAGGGAGCUGCAGCGCAUCCACGAAGAAGAGAUGAAGCACUUGGUGGUCUACUUUUCCAAAUCCGCCUCCGUUUCUGACUCCAGCACCUCACCAUCGGACACGAGCAAACCCAACGCCGCCGUGGAGACCGUCGGACCAGAGGAACCUUCCUCCAGACCAGAGGGGCAGCAGGCGGAGCUGGAGACGGAGGGCCAGACCGCAGGAGCGGAGCUGGGAGGCCAGACGGGCGACAGCGACGACACCUCGACCAUGAGGAAGGCGUACCAGGCAGACUUUGAAAAACUGAAGGCCUCGUGUGACCAGGGUAUCAACGCCAUGGAGGAGAUGUACCGGCGGCUGGUGGAGGACCUGAGGCAGCAGCACACCAGGGAGGUGGCGGAGCUCCUCAAGGAGAAGGAGGAGCUGCUGGAGGAGGAGACCGCCGCCACCAUGGCAGCGAUCGUGGCGUUGAAGAGGACGCACCAGGAGGAGCUGAGGAGGAGCCGGCAGUCCCAGCAGCUGCUGGAGAGCGGCGACCUCGCCCGGCUGCACGCAGAACACCAGAAGGAGCUCCAGGCUCUGCGCGAGGAGCUGGAGGUCCUGUCGCUGCAGCACGCCCACCGCUGCGUGGAGAACGCCGAGAUGGUCCAGGAGCUCCAGAGGGAGAGGCGGGCCGGGGCCCGGAAGGAGAGCCAGGGGCCAAGGAACCAGGAGGAGGGCCGGGGGCCAAGGAACCAGGAGGAGGGCCAGGGGCCA